ACCGCGGAGGAAGCGAGUACUUGUUGUGCGCGCCAGGCCUGCCAAGCUACCUGCCAUACCCUCAUUACCUGUCGCUACCUCUCAUUACCUCCCACACGCUUAAUUACCUUUUCGUACCGGACUCCACCGCUUGUGACUGUGAGUACUGUGUGACGCUGCUGUGAGCAAGUAACCACCACAGCGCCCUGCGGAAAAACCUGCACACGAUGUUGGCCCAGCUCUCUUGUGACUUGUUACUGACGGUGUCGACGCUGGUGCUACUAGCGCCCGAGCACGGCCACACCUCCAGACUCCCGGCGCUCGAGCUCCCGUGGCAGCAGGAGGACCACCAACAGGUCCUCAGCUCGAGCUCGCUCGACCAGAUACCUGCCUACAAGAUCUUCUAUCAGACGGGGAAGAGUGAGGAGGACCUGCCAGUGUGCUCACCAUGGUCCGUUUGCAACAAGGUCGACACGUACGACACCCCGCGGGUGGAACGCCAGUGCAGGUGUCCCUCUGGCCAGACCUGCAGCGCCUCCCUCACGUCCUCCGAUGGACACACCAUCACCGACAAGAACCGCCAGUUUAAGCUGUGUGAACCCAUCAAGAAACUGCCCAAGUGUCGCUACUUCCGCGAUGUCACGUGGACUUUCAUCACGUACCCGGACAACGUGACGCAGCAAAUCAUGCACUGCGCCUGCCCCAAGAACUCCGUGGCUUACAUCAUCAAGCGCCACGCCUUUCAGACCGAGCAGGGCCUCGGGUUCCAGUACAGCUUCGCUUGCUCACCUCAGAGCCGCCUCCGGUGUCAGCGCAAGGAGCCCUGCCGACUUUUCACGGUGAAGAAACGCCCUCAGUUCGAAGAAGUGAACACGAACACCCUGUGCCAGUGCCCACACGGCCACCGCUGUCCCCGCCACCACAUGGACCCCGGCGUCAUCCCCGGCAAGACCUACACGGAGGAUUCCAUACGCACCUACAGCGGCUACUGCAUGUGAACGCCAGGAGGACCUCCGAGCAGCGGUCCGCUCGACGCUCGACCGACCUACGCUUCUCUCCCAGAGCGCCUGGAGCUGCCUGUGCUCUUUCGUUGUGCGCAUCAGCCCAUCUUGUUCGUGAGCGCUGAACCCUUGUAUACAUGCACAGCGCGCCCCACUAGAGCUAGUGUAAGUGUGAGUGUGGGGACGCCGCCACGCUAGGCAUGUCUCGAUCUUGCGGCAGCGGGUCUGGCCCACGGCAUCGUGUGGCGCCACGGAACGCGACGGCUUUAGGGGUCGUUCCGUGGCUACGCAUGGUGGUGUCACUCCUGUCCGUCGCGGGGGCGUCGGGAUGUGUUUGAAGAGAGAAAGAGAGAGAGGCUGACCGCACAGAGUAACCCACUGGCGUCAAGCACUGUCUCCAGCGUCAAGUUCUCGAUAACCUUCGCCUCUCGCUACUGUACCUGAAUACGCGACGUCGCACGCCCCUUCGUCGCUUCCGGGACGUCACCGCAAGUCAUCGUGAGCACAUGGACUUCACCGGAUCAUCUGCAUCAUUCCUAUUCUAAAUCGAUGAAUUAAUUCGCGUCUAGAGUUGGUCUCGUGCGUGGCAGGUGGACGGCCCGGGGGCUUGAUACUUGGAUGCCCAGGACGCUCGAUUAUCCCGACGGGACUGGGUCACUUGUAGAAGUCUUCUUAUUUUAUAUUUUUGCAUUGCUUAGCAGCCAUCCAUACUCUUUGACGAUAUUGCCAUAUUUCCAGUACAUACUCAGUUAUUAUUUAGGGACCCCCUCAGGGCGGUGGAGCAGUAGCGGGCCCCUGUAGCCUGCCGGAGUCGCGGCCCUGUUGUCUCCGGAGGUCGCGGGAGGCGAGCGCUACCAAGCCGUGAGUCGGGAUGAGGUUCUUUCUCAGAAUGAAAAUACCUCCUCAGAUGUGAUGCCUCAGACCUCCCAUAUAUAUCGGCCUGUGACUUACUCGUUUGACUAUUAUUUCCAGUGAUAGUUGGACUCGGAUGUUGUAUGUGUUAAUGUGCAUAUGUCUUGACGAAAAUGAUGGAUAAAUAUAAUGCAUUUAUUUUUAGUUAACAUUAACGUGCUAGUCAGAUUAUAAUAUAAUGUUAAAUGGCUCGUUAUGAUUGAGCCUCGUUCCUUCUUUAUCAGUCUUUUAUUUCCUCUCUCUUCCUCCCCUAAAGUCACAGUCAGACGCCAUCUGUCUCUUUGACUCGUGUUAUCUUUAUCUCCGACGUGAGAACCUGUAGAAAGAUAUCAAGACCAUUGUCACGAAGCUUCACGAGAUCCUUUGAUGACAGUGAUUACGGGAGCUCUCAUAGUUAUCUGUGAUCUAAUAUAUUCGUUAUUAUAACACUUCGAAUCUCCUUUCAUUAUUUUUAUAUUGAUUUAUAUCGCUUUUGCUUCUACGGAUCUCGGACCAGCGCGGACGUGACACGGCGGGUAGAAAGGAACCCAGAGAACGUGAAGAAACCCAGAUUACUUUUUUUUGCAUAGGUGUUUCUACUCGCCGCUUCACCCGUGCUGCCCGCGGUGUAGGAGCGAAAGCCAAAUGUUGUGACCAUAAACAUACGGUAGUGAGAAAAGUGUCCGCCUGUACAGUGCUCACUCCAGGAAGUUCUUUGAUGAUUUCAGGGAUAGCAUUAUAGUCCCAUAAAUCAUGUUUAUUAUGUAUGAGGUUCUCCACGCGAGAGCCUACAGCAACAUUCCAGAUAUGUUAGCGCAAACUGUAGACUGGACAACUUUGUACUCAAUACAGUAGAUACCCAGCCCAUUCUGGGUAUUUUCUUUUCAGGCUGAAAGUAUUUAACUGAGACUUGCAUGAAUUAGAGCAUUUGUCCCAGGCGCUGCAUGACCUAGUAGAUGUGUUGUACCAUAACUGUAUAAUCAUGGUAGCUCUUACUGCGAUGAAUCAACUGUAAUCGUGCCAUCAUUAAUUGUUUCAGGUGUUAUGGUAUCAAGGACUCUAUCGAUGUAAUAAUCAUGCAAAAGCAAAAAAAAAAAAAAAAAAAAAAUGAAUAAAAGAAAAAAAAAUGUCUGAAGAGCAUUGGUAACAAGUGCCAGAAACUUAACACCGACACACACGUUUGUGUCAGUGUCAAAGCGACCCAGACACCCCCCCCACCCCUCCCUAUCCCCCCACCCCGCCCCCCAACUGUGUACCCUCGACACCCGUGAUUUGCGCCAGCCUCUUUUAUUUAAUUAUUAUGUAUAUUUUUGUAUAUAGGAGAUAUAUGAGAGAUUUUUUGUUAAAUAAAAUUACAUAAUUCCAGCAAAUGAA